UAUCAAAUGACACUGUUCCCUGUGAGGUGAAUUUAAUGUCCUGGUUAAAGUGAUGACCAGUGAUCCACUCUAGUGGAAAAAAUAGUAUUGACUUUGUUUUUUCAGUACAUUCUUAACAACUGAAUAAUAUAUUCUGUGGAUUACAUCAUGGGAGUGAUAAUGGUUUUCCUGCUUCUCAUUGCUACAUUUUCUCUGGGAGAUGCGAGUAAGCCACUCGGAUGUAGUCGCAUAUGGCACCACUUUGGAUCCCGCUGCUUCCGUUUUGAAGAGACUCUGAGGUCAUGGACUGAGGCAGAGCGUCACUGUCAGUCUCUUGGUGGACACCUGGCCUCAGUACACAGCUGGAAGGAGUCUAGGUUCCUGGAGACGUUGACUGUAGGUUCACCUUUGACCUGGAUUGGAGGAAAUGAUGGUGGUCGGCCAGAGUUGAGAAAGGACAGGAGCUGGUCCUGGACUGAUGGCUCUGGAUUUAAUUACCAUGAAUGGGCACAAGGGGAACCCAACAACUAUAAUGGUGUCAGAGAGCCGUGUAUUCAGAUGAACUUUGGAGAAAAACAUCGCUGGAAUGACGACGUCUGUGAGAAGCGCUUUGCAUCAGUCUGCUCCAGAAGCCGUUAAAUGAACGUGUUGCUGUGACAUCAUCCUGUUGAAUGAUGUGGUUGUCAAUAAAACAGCUGAACACA